GUUCGUUCGUUCGGUCGGAGGAAAGUUUAAGUUUUGUGACGAGCUUCGUCGGGUGAAGGCAGCAGUGCUCAUAUCGAAAGGAGAAAUGCGGUUAUCGGAUUAGGCGGGAAUAGACGAAUUAAAGUAAUUUGAAUUGAUAUGAUUCGAGGGAAUCAUCGAAGAGAGUACUAGUUCACCACCAGUUCUCUGCGUAGAAUUGAGAGUGUUGCGAUCGUAGUUCUCGAUCGGAGAGGAACCCCACAGGUUGUCUAAUAAAUCGAAGUGCGAGAUGUCGGAGGGAAAAGGCGAUUCGGAACCUCUGAUCGGCGUCAUCGACGCCGGCACCAGGACCAUCAAGUUCUGCGUCUUCCGCGCCAAGCAUACCAAAGAGCUCGCCGAGCACGCCGUCGAUAUCAACCCCAUUGUACCUGAAGAGGGAUGGCACGAGCAGGAUCCCAAAGAGAUCCUCGAUGCCAUCAACACCUGCAUCCAGAACGUAACCAAAAGUUGUAAUAUUUCUGAUAUAGUAACGAUAGGUGUGACGAAUCAAAGAGAAACCACAGUUGUCUGGGAUAAGACAACCGGAGAACCUCUGCACAACGCUAUAGUUUGGAACGAUAUCCGAACUUCGUCCACGGUAGAUCAAAUCCUCGCCAAGUUGCCGGACAAUAACAAGAACCAUUUCAAGCAAAUCUGCGGACUUCCCGUGUCUCCGUACUUCAGCGCCUUCAAACUCAAAUGGUUGAUGGACAACGUGAAGAACAUCAGACGGGCGAUCAAGAAGGGAACCUGCCUUUUCGGUACAAUCGAUACGUGGAUCGUAUGGAAUUUGACUGGCGGUGUAAACGGUGGAAUCCACAUAACGGACGUCACAAAUGCCUCACGUACAUUCCUGAUGAACAUUGAGACUCUGCAUUGGGACCCAUUGCUUCUGCACACAUUCAACGUCAACGCCGCCAUCCUGCCGGAAAUCCGGAACAGCUCGGAGGUGUACGGGAAGGUUAAAGGAACAGUCCUUGACGGCAUACCUAUCUCAGGGAUUUUAGGUAAUCAACAAUCUGCCUUAGUAGGACAAAAUUGCUUUAAGGAAGGCCAGGCGAAGAACACCUACAGGAGCGGAUGCUUUCUAUUAUAUAAUACGGGAAAAACGAGAGUGCAAUCAACACACGGCCUUGUUACAACUGUAGCUUAUAAAUUCGGAGACGACAAGCCUACUUACGCGCUUGAAGGGAGCGUUGCAAUAGCUGGAGAAGCUUUGAACUGGCUUAGAGAUAACAUGGGCCUAAUUAAGAACGUCCAAGAAGAUACCGAAUCUUUGGCCCAAGAAGUCUUCAAUACCGGAGACGUUUACUUCGUUCCUGCUUUCAAAGGCCUGUACGCUCCGUACUGGAGGAAAGACGCUAGAGGUAUAAUUUGCGGAUUGACUGCUUACACGACGAAGAAACACAUAAUCCGAGCCGCGCUCGAAGCCGUCUGCUUCCAAACCAGAGAUAUCUUAGAAGCGAUGAACAAGGAUUGCGGAAUCCCGUUGAGCAAGCUGCACGUCGACGGGAAGCUGACCACCAACAAUUUACUGAUGCAAUUGCAGGCCGACAUCAGCGGAAUCCCGGUUUUCAGAUCGCAGUCGCAAGACAUGACCGCUCUCGGUGUAGCCAUGGCUGCAGGACAAGCUAAGGGCAUCGACGUCUGGGACUUGAGUGCAAAAGACAGGGAAAUCGUUCCCAGUGAUACAUUUUUACCUACGACCACAGAAGAUGAGAGGAACGCGAGGUACAACAAAUGGAAGAUGGCGGUGCAUCGAUCGUUGGGUUGGGCUUUGGGCAAGAAAUCUGCGGCGAUGACAGAUGAACGGUAUCGACUCCUAUCGAGCGUUCCGGCCGGCCUCUUCCUCAUCGGCAGCUUCGGUAUGCUCGUCCUUUCGGCGUACGUGUAAACAGUGCAUCUCACGAAACUUGUUGUUUUUUUUAUCAAUUAAUUAAUUAUUAUAAUUUGUUUACGUUCUUUUCUCCCCCUCCUAUUACGUUAAUUCGAUUUUUGUAUUUCAUUUAAUUUAUUGUGAAAAGUGAUCGAGCCAUUUACUUGCUUAGUAUAACAAUUGUUAAAUUAUAUAAGAAACACACACUCACACAAAAAAACAUCCACACUCAGGUUAUCUAGCAAAAAUAUAUAUAUAUUGAGAGAAAACUAUAGUUCUUUUCGAUGCGCUAUAUAUUUUUUUCGUUUGUUCCUCUUCGUGAAUGAAAGUAGCUAAUUCCAUCGUGACCUUAAACAUCAAUUAUCCUACUUAUUAAUAAUUAAUAAUACCGCAACUAUUACAAUUAUUAUCUUUAUUAUAUAAUAUACUUGAUAUUUUUAUUUUGAUAUAUAUGUACGAUUUAUAUAUUAUCGCUCAUUACCAUUAUAUUUCUCUCUAUUGUUUUUUCUUUCUUUUCUUAAUUAGCAUUGUUUUUAUUUAUUGUUAUUUCGUGUCUACUUUGUAUUCGCUUUUAUUCGAAAUAUUGUAAAGGAAAAAUCAAUUUUCGAUCAAUUUUUUUUUUUUUAGAAUUUGUACUUAUUGUAUAAUAUUCCGAUUAUAUAUUUUGUUUUGUUGGGUUACAUUUCAAUCAAUAAAAUAAGGCUGACGAUGUCUUGUU